GCAGCAACCUUUCAUCAUUGGCCGCGGUACUUCGAGUCCGAAGCAAGAUAUCUCGGGGCUGCUGUCGGACGACGAUGCGGCGGGCAACCCGACGGCGGGCAAGCAGCGCAGCGGGGGUACCGAUGGAGGACCCUCCUCGGAGGUCGCCGGAGUAACUAACUGGUCUACACCUCCCUCGGCUUUCUUGGCAGUAGGCGCUCACUCAAACACCAACACCGGGACCCAGGAGGGCCAGGCCUCAAGUGCGAACAAGGGACACAGUGGCCGAGAAUCCAGCGCAUUGCAUAGCGAGGUCGUGCCCGCCGCUACCGCCGUCGGUACCCCCUUCCUCCAGUGAUAUCUCGCCCACGGCUCCCCCAUGGCAACCCACAUGCCAAGCACAUGUCCGUCCCUACGCCUCCGCUCCUGCACCGCUGGACGACCCCUCUAAUCUCGGAUCAACUUGGCGACCCUACCAGAGCGUACUUAACGAAGAUACCGAGCUCCUAUUCGGCCGACCCAUAUCUGAUUAGCACGGCAGCGGCUCACACCUGGAGUUGGUCGCUGAAGAUGAGGUGCUCAUCGAGGUGCCAAGACAGCGAGCGUCCACUGCACAAUUUUCACUCACGAGCUCAUACAUGACUACAUUCCACAGCAAAGCCGUUGUGCUCGCCAUCCUCGUCAACUAGCUCGGCCGAUCAUCACCAUGCAUGCGUUAGGUGCGCGGCCUACCGCCGCCAUAUAAGCACCAUCGUCCGCAGGGAUGGCCGACAGCACAACCCCCUUCGCCAUGUCAGAAAAGCCCAAAACUCAGCUCCCAGCCGAGACCGACAUCCCCCGCGUGUCGUUCGACCACUCGAGCAGCCUCGAGGAUGGCCGUAGCUCCGACCACGGCUCCGUCGAGCCCAAGUCGAAGGGCGUCAUCGAGAUGGAGUCGCUGCAGGGACGGCUGACGCCUAUCCUCCUCGGCGUGCUGUACGGCACCUUCAUGCUGCUCGCGUACAGCCUGUCGCUGAACCAGUACACGUCCUCCGCGUUCCUCAACUACGGCGUCUCGUACUCGUUCGGCAAGCACUCCCUCCAGGCCACGAUCGGCGUCGUCACGGCAGUGUUCCAGGCCAUGAGCCAGCCGCCUAUCGCCAAGCUCGCCGACGUCUUUGGCCGUGUGCCCGCGUACAUCGGCUGCGUGGUGCUCUAUGUCAUCGGCUACAUCAUCGUCGCGAGCUCGCAGUCCAUCGUGACCUAUGCGGUUGGCAACUCGAUCUACAUCCUGGGAAUCACGGGCCUGUUCUUGCUUCAGAACAUUAUCAUUUCCGACAUUUCGUCCCUCCGUAACCGAUACUGGUGGACUCUCUUCCCGUCCAUUCCAGGCGCGAUCAAUGCGUUCGUCAGCGGUGACCUUGUCGCCUCUCUGAUGUCGCGCGGAGACAAGACCAAGCAGUGGCGCUGGGGCUUCGGCAUCUUCAUCAUUCUCACCCCGGCCCUGGCCUUCCCCAUCAUCCUCACGCUGUGGCGCGCGACCCGCCCCUCGCGUGAGGUGCGGGCCGAGCAGAAGGCCGCCCACGCCGCCCGCAUCGAGGGCCUGUCCUUCCCGCAGCGCUUCGCGCGCGGGUGCAAGGACUUUUUCUGGCAGCUCGACUUUAUCGGCCUGUUCCUCUUCGUCGUCGGCUUCGGUCUCUUGUUUGUGACCGUCACCAUCGCCAACUCGAAGACGGCCAAGUGGUCGGACGCGCACUCGAUCGCGCAGAUGGUCCUUGGUGGCGUGGUCAUUAUCGCGUUCGUGCUCUGGGAGCGCUUCUGGGCGCCGCACCCCCUCCUGCCCUUCGCGCUGCUCAAGCGCAAGACGGUCAUCGGGUGUGUGCUAAUCGCGCUCUGGUCGCCCAUGGGCGGCCGCAUCACCGCCGGGUACCUGUUCACGUUCCUCCAAGUCGCCGCCAACCAGAGCGUGCUCUCCACCCAGCGCAUCACGUCCUUCCCCACCGUCGCGGGUACCGUGUCGGCCAUCCUCGGCGCCAUCGUCGCCCGCCAGUUCCGCGUCCUCAAGCCCAUCAUCGUGGCAGGAUUCGUCAUCCAGGUCCUCGGCUCGGGCCUCAUGAUCCGCUACAGGACCAGCACGAACUCUCAGGGCGAGCUCGCCGUCGUCCAGCUCAUCCGCGGCUUCGCCAACGGCCUCAUCCCCUUCCCUACCCAGGCCCUCAUCCAGGCUGCUGCCCCUCACGAGAACCUCGCUGCGAUCACCGCCGGGUGGCUCGUUGUCUACUACCUCUCUGGUGGUAUCGGCUCGGCCAUCGGCGGCGCGAUGUGGACCAACAUCGUCCCCAACAAGCUCGACCAGUACCUUGGCCACAACCAGACCCUCGUCAACCUCGCCUUCAGCAACCCCUUUGGGUUCGCGGACAAGUUCCCUCCAGGAACGCCUGAGCGUGCGGCCAUCGCCCGUGCCCAGGACGAGGCGCAGCGCACCAUUGUCAUUGUCGGAACGUGCAUCUCGGCCGUUGCGCUGCUCACUUCCAUCUUCCUUCUCGACAACCUCCGCCUGACUGACGACCAGUCACUCGAGGAGUCGGAGAUCAAGGGCGGCGAGAAGAAGAAGCGGGGUGAUGGGGCCGCAGUGAACACGGACGCUGCGGGGACUAACGUGCAUUAGGGCUGUAGACACUACAGAGAGGAAUGAACAUGUUCUGAGGGUC